AGUUCCAGUUGAGCUGUCUGAUGUAAACUUGUGAAACGGAUAAUGUUAAGACCACAUAUUUUUCCAGCUCUUUUUGCAAUUCUUUAUCUGUUUGGCGGCGCCAUCGGUGAUGGUGAAGAUUACGACCACGAUUGCUAUGAACUAACUGAGAGAGAUAUAGAUCUGUAUGCAUCCUCUGGUGAUAUAGAUGAAGAAGAACUAUGUGAAGCUGUACCAAGUCGCAUAUACAUUGGCAUGUCAGAUAACAAUUUUCCAGGCUGCAUGAACUGUACCUGUUGUCAGAUGAAAGACUGCUACAGUGGUGACUCAUAUAACUAUACUGGUACCUGGUCAAUGACAGCAAGUGGUAGAAGGUGUAAGCCUUGGGUGGAAACCAGUCUAGAAAAUGAAGAUUCUCUCUUCCCUGAUGACACAGUUGUAGAUGCUUACAAUUAUUGUAGACAUACAUCAAAUUAUGAAGACCGUGGCCUCUGGUGUUACACAAUGAACGAGGACAUACCGGAAGAUAGUUGUGAUAUACCACAGUGUGAUGCCGUAUCUCCAAUAGAUCCGGUACCAGUCCAGGCAACCACUACAACAGACACGUCUACAAUAUCAAACAUGCCAGAUGAAACUUUGAACCAAAGCACAACUCCGUUGCGUGAUACAAGACCUGUAGAAAGUACGACAAUUCAACUGUCGACAGGUGCCAAAACUGCUGGAAAACAAGCAUGUGCUGUAUUGGUAGCAGUGUUUUCAGUAGUGAAGUUUGUUGGACUACCACACCUAUAGAUUUGGUGCAUGCUUUGAGGGUCAUGUUGUUUAUGUUGACAUUGAAGGUUGCUAGACCGUCGUGUCAACAGGUUAAUGCUUGUUGUGAGGCUGUGUUAUUGAUGUUAUUCGGUGCAUUCUUGUGAAUAGGAUUCAUAAGCUGUAUUUUUCUGGGUAGAUAAACGGUAAACUUACAUUUGAAAUCGUGUCACCAAUAUCAUUUUAUAUCCUCAGUUUUUAUCUUUGUAAAAAACGUUGAACUAAAUAAAAGUC